CUUUUCAUCUCUAGGGCACUCAUCAUCAUCAUCAUCUCUCUGUCUUCCCGCCCAAAAAGCCCUCGCACUUUCGUCGCACCGGAACUCCAAUCUCCAGCCAUGGCCCCGACGAUCGAGCUGAAGGACGAGGUCGAAGGAGAGCUCGUGGAGACCUCCGAUUUCUUCUUCGACCGCAUCGGCGAGCCGGUCCCGGUCAGGCCCACCGGCGGCGGCGGCGGCGGCGGCGGUCCCGAGCUCUACGACCCUGGCCGCCUCCCGUCCCAGCCGCUCGCCGUCUCCGAGCGGUUCCGGCUCGUCUUCGUGGCCCACGCCUCCGGAUUCUGCGUCGCGAGGACCGGGGAUGUGGUGGAGGCCGCGAAGGAGAUGAAGGAGAAGGGGAGCCGAUCUUCCGUGCUGGAACUCAGCGUCGUGGACGUACCUCUGGGGUCGGUCGGCUUGCUCUCGCUUUCUCCCGAUUCUUCGACGCUUGCGGCUUCUGUUGGGGGAACUGUCAACUUCUUCUCAGUCGAUUCGCUUCUCAAUAAGGAGCAACUACCUUUUUUUUCCUGCUCAAUAGAUGAAGAAAGUUCUGUAAAGGACAUGAAGUGGCUAAAGAAGAGACAAAAUUCAUUCAUUCUUCUGACAAGUCGUGGGAACCUCUAUCUUGGGAGCAUUGAUGGACCGUUAAAGUCUUUAAUGGAUAAUGUUGAUGCAGUUGACUGCAGUGCAAAAGAUGAUUAUAUUGCCGUGGCAAGGAAUGACAAGCUAAGCACUCUUUCAUCCAUAUUAAAUGAGGAGUUGCACAUUGCAUUGUCACUCCAACCAUGGACAGGAAAUUCUGAUGACUUUAGUGUGAAAGUGGAUUCUCUCAGGUGGGUUCGUCCCGAUUGCAUCAUUCUAGGGUGCUUUCAACUUACCUCAGAUGGCAUGGAGGAAAGUUAUCUUUUGCAAGUGAUCAGGACAAGGGAUGGCGAGUUUUUUCAUGCUUCUUCUGAGGCAGUACUGCAGUCCUUUUGUGAUGUUUUCCCUGGAAUUGUGGAUGAUAUUAUUCCUGCAGGAUGUGGGCCGCAUCUGUUCUUCCGCUAUUUGGAACAAUGCAAGCUUGCAAUUGCAGCUAACCGAAAAAAUGUGGACCAGCACAUUGUUCUUUUCAGUUGGUCGCUUGGUGAGGAGAGGAAUGAAGCAGUACUUGUUGAUAUUAAUCGAGAUAACUGGCUUCCAAGAAUUGAGCUUCAAGAAAAUGGUGACGAUAAUUCAAUCCUGGGGCUGUGCACUGACAAAGUAUCCAUGCAUGAGAAAGUCAAAGUUCAACUUGGAGUUGAGGAACAAAAGGACCUUUCGCCAUUUUGCAUCCUUUUUUGUCUUUCUCUAGAAGGAAAGCUCACGAUGUUCAAUGUUGCCUGCAUUGCAGAACAAACUGAUUUUCCUGGCACUGGCUGGCCGUCUGAUGUGGAAGAGGAUAUUUCGAGAGUUGAAGCCCAAGAAGUCAGUUCAACUGUUUCCUCAGGUUUGGGAGAGAUGAUUUCACAACAGGUUUUUACAGGUCAUCAAAUUCAGGACAUCAACACAAUAGAACACAACUUACCAAAAGAUCGCGAGAUUGCUGUUAAAGCUGACACAAAGUCUUCUGAGUCUGCAACAGCCAGACUAGUAACUAAUCAAACAGAGAGGAAAGGAGCUGUAACUGGAAAAUGGAAUCUAAAUUCAUUUGCACAGCCACAAGGAUCUAAUGUAAUUGAAAAGGCUCUGGAUGAAAAGCAUUCAGUUGGUUCAGUUUCCACUCAGUCUCUCUUUUCAAGGCCCCAAAGCACACUUCUUGGCCAAUCAACGUUGAAGUUCCCACCACCUAAGGAAAUACAGAUCACAGAAAGCAAAGAGGAUUAUAAACAGGUUGGGGUUGGAUCUAGUCCUUCAUUUGUGGAAAAGUUUAGAGUUGAUUCCAGUAGUACUGCUCAAAUGAUGCAAAAUGAUGUUCAGGCUGGUCAGAAAGUGCCAGCUGAAACAGCUUCACAUGGUUUUCAGAUCUCUCCUUCUCAGACAUGGCUGAGUGGGAAAGUCACAUCUUCAAAUAGCUUUGAAUCAAGGUCCGCAUUCACUUCAAAUCAAUUUGAAGACAACAAGUUUCAAACUUCCUUUGGUGUAGCUUCUGCCAAUGUUCCAAGUACCCCUUUUGGAAAUCCCAUAUCCAAAGGUGCUGCCCCACCUACUUCAGUCAACCUUUCUGGUGUUCCAGUCAAAGGUGGAGGACAGAGAGUUUCGAAGGAGGUCGGGAUAAUUGAGCCAGUGCCUUCUAUUCGUAGCUCGCAGUUGGUGCAGGAAAACUCUGCUUUGGGUUUACCAUCCAGCCAUCAUUUGUAUCCCUCCACAGAGAACAUAAAAAGUCUGUCCCAGACUGGGAUGUCUAAGAAGGAUCCGAUCACAUCAAAACAAUCUGGCAAUAUCAAGGAGAUGGUCAAUGAACUGGACACACUUCUGGACUCUAUAGUGCGGAAAGGUGGCUUUAAGGAUGCAUGUACCAUCUCAUUGAAAGGUCCAGUUGAAGAGAUAGAAGAGAGAAUCGGGAAUCUUUCUAGCCAAUGUAUGAUGUGGAAGAGUAUAGUGGAGGAACAACUUGAAGAAGUUCAAAGCCUGCUCGACAACACCGUACAAGUUUUGGCUAGGAAAAUGUAUGUGGAAGGAAUUGUUAAACAAGCCAAGGAUGAUCAAUAUUGGGACCUUUGGAAUCGGCAGAAGUUGGGUACAGAACUGGAGAUGAAGCGGCAACAUAUUUUGAAACUAAACCAGGACCUGACCAAUGAGCUGAUUAAAUUAGAAAGGCAUUUCAAUACCCUGGAACUUAACAAAUUUGGUGAUAUAAGUGAAGCUCAUGGAGGUCGAAGAGCUCUCCAAAAUAGAUACGAGCCCCCCAGAUCGGUUCAAUCCUUAAAAAGUUUAUAUAACACGAUGACAUCUCAAAUAAUGGCUGCUGAGCAACUUUCUGACUCUCUCUCUAGACAAAUGUCAGUGUUGAGUAUUGAGUCGCCUUCAGUUAAGCAGAACAUUAAAAAAGAAUUAUUUGAUGAAAUUGGAAUUUCCUAUGAUGCCUCUUUCUGCUCCCCUGAUGUGACGAAAGUUUCUGAAAGCCCUGGAGAUAAAAAGAUCACACUUUCAAAUACCGUUGCUACAAAAGAUCAUUCUAGAAGAAACCAGACUAGUGCUCUGAAGCCUUCUGAACCGGAAACUGCCCGGAGACGGAGAGACUCUCUGGAUCAGAGCUGGGCAAGUUAUGAGCCUUCAAAGACAACAGUUAAAAGGAUCCUCUCACGAGAAUACCAGAAGGAUUGCACAAAGUCGUCUUUGUUGAUGGAUGAGCCAUAUUUAAGCUCUUCAGAGAGAUCGGGAGUUGCUAAGUCAAAUCACACUACGCCGUCUACCUACACACGUCAAGCGAGAGUUAAUACCAUGUAUGAGAUUUCUGGUGAAAAGGCAUCUAAGAGCCCAUCUAGUCCUUUCAGACAGGUUGAUGGAACUUCAGGAUCGAUGGUUCCAGUGGCACAAAAAAGUAGUACGAGCCCAUCUAGUCCUUUCAGACAGGUUGAUGGAACUUCAGGAUCGAUGGUUCCAGUGGCACAAAAAAGUAGUACGAGCCCAUCUAGUUCUUUCAGACAGGUUGAUGGAACUUCAGGAUCGAUGGUUCCAGUGGCACAAAAAAGUAGUACCCUUAGUUACUCCUUGUCUGCAUCCCAAGCAUCACUUAUUGAUGGACAAACCAAACCGAGGAGUAUGAGUAGCAGUAAUGACAAUCUUGCUGCAGAUAAGUAUACUGGUGAGACUGUUAAUAAGUCAAAAUCAGUUUUUGGUGAUCAGAUCAAGCCCACAAUGGUAGGAGACACCAAUAUUCAUCAGAUGCCAGCUAUCUCCAUAAAAUCACCCAUGCGGACUCUUGAUAAUUCUAGUGAGACUUUUAGUUUGACUAUUAAAGAGACUGUUCUUGCUGAGCCGACAAGUGGAAAUGUUAAGCAUGGGUCCCAAAUAACUGAAAGCUCACUCCUUGGAUCUCAAAGAAGUGAGAACCCACUGCUGGCUGCCACCCCUAGUGCUCCUCUGGCCAAUUCUCAUCCUGAAAAAGUUCCAGAUGAACAUCCUGUAAUAGGCAAAAGCUUUCCUAGUGGAUCACUAUCGUUUUCAACGCCAUUUAAAUCAAUGUCAUCUCCAUUAGGGUCAGUGGCCAAUUCAUUUUCCAUUCAGCCUUCUACAUUGUCUAAUGUUCCUUCAAUCAAAGGGAGUUCGUUAUCUGAGGUGUCAUCAGAUGGAUCUCGGAUCAUUAGCAGAGCAACAACAGAAGUUAAUAAGGCACUUCCAUUGAACUUCCCAUCAUCAACUUCAUCAUGGUCAGUCACUUCUCCUCCCCCUUCUACCUCACUGUCCACCACUACAUCUUAUUCCGUCCAGGCUUAUAAAAAUUCAGUGCCUUCGCUUGCUUCCUCACUGCCCCUGGAGAAAAGGUCGGAAAACCAAAAGCCGGAGAUACAACAGGAGCCCAAAGUCAGUUUUGGUGCUCCUUUAGAAGCCCCACCUCUUCUGACUGAAAGUUUUACUGGUGGAUCUGCUGUGAAAAUAGAAGCUUCAGUCUCAUCUACUCCCAGUGAGCUUUCUCCUGGACUGAUACCGGGAGUUCAGGGUGUUGGUAACCAGAUGGGCAGUCCUCAAAUGACCGAAACACCAAAUGCUCCUCCAGAGCAGCCUUUGGCUGGAAAGUUUUUAUUUCCAACCUCUCCGAUUAACACAGUUCAAAAGAUUGAAAGUCUGGAUGUCACAGCUACGCAGGAGGAUGAGAUGGAGGAAGUGGCUCCUGAGACUAAUGAAAAACCUGAUCUUGGUCUGGGAAGUCUCAAUGCAUUUGGCCUUGGAUCUACACCUAGUUCGACCACACCUAAGGGUAACCCAUUUGGUGUUUCUUUUGGUAGUGCAGCAACAACCCCAACAAGCUCUCCAUUUGCUAUGGCAGCACCUGGUGCAGAGAUGUUUCGCCCUGCUUCUUUCAGUUUCCAGUCUCCACAAUCUUCACAGCCAUCACAACCACCGAUUGCGAGUGCAUUCUCUGGAGGCUUUGGUUCUCCAACAAAUGCUCAAGUUCCCACUCAGAGUGGAUUUGGUCAGCCAUCACAGAUUGGACCUGGUCAACCUGCUCUUGGAUCAGUUCUUGGCACUUUUGGACAGUCAAGACAGAUUGGCUCAGGUUUGGGAGGUCCUGGCUUUGCAUCUUCUAGCAGUGUUGGUGGGGGUUUUGCCGCUGCUAGUUCAACUGGUGGUUUUUCUUCCUCCGCCACAGCAGGUGGAUUUGCAGGGGUCGGUUCUACUGGUGGUGGGUUUGCUGCUUUGGCAUCUUCUGCUGGUGGUUUUGGUGGAGUGGCUUCAGGUGGUGGUAGGUUGGCUGGCGCGGCCUCAGCUGGGGGUGGAUUUGGAGGAUUUGCUGCAGCUGCUCCAUCUGGCGCCAGAUUUGCUGCAGCUGCUCCAUCCGGUGCCGGAUUUGCUGCAGCUGCUCCCUCCGGUGUCGGAUUUGCAGCAGCUGCUCCUGGGGGAGGAUUUUCGACUGGAGCUGGUUUUGGGGCUUUCAGCAGCCAACAAGGUGCAGGUGGCUUCUCUGCUUUUGGUGGUGGUGGAAAUACAAAACCACCUGAGUUUUUGACACAGAUGAGAAAAUAGUUUCUGCAGAACUCGCGGAAACUUCAGAAUGAUAUAAGGUAAAUAGGUUAGCAAAGUCAACUAAUUAUCUAGAGGCAAUACCUUCUGUUUUAAUCCUGGUGCCACCAGGCUAAUUCUCAUGUACCAUAAUGACAGAAUGAUGGUCUGCAUAUAUUUUGGCUGUGGCUUGCACCUGUUGUUUUAAGAGCACUUUCCGUUGCGAGUUUUCCUGUAUAGCGGAAACAAAGUUUUGUAGGGA